AUCCCUUGCAUGCAACCAGCGUUUUAUUAGCUUUCCUUUUUGUUUUCUUUUAGGCUUGUUCGCUACUCUCCUUCAAACGACAUCUUUCCAAUCCCUCUCUUUGCGAUCGUACUCUUUUGCAACUGUUCUUUCGUUCCCGACUGCGUUCAUUUCUGAAACACGGCAAUGGCAGUUUCUGCUAUUGGUUUUGAAGGUUACGAGAAGAGGCUGGAGAUAACCUUUUCCCAGCCAGGACUCUUUUCUGACCCUGAUGGAAGGGGUCUAAGGUCUCUUACCAAAUCCCAGUUGGAUGAGAUUCUGGCACCAGCUGAGUGCACCAUUGUUUCUUCGCUGUCAAAUGCUGAAGUUGACUCGUAUGUUCUGUCUGAGUCCAGCCUUUUUGUUUAUUCCUACAAGAUCAUCAUUAAAACCUGUGGUACUACGAAGUUACUGCUUUCAAUCCCACCCAUAUUGAAGUUGGCUGAGCUCCUUUCCCUCAAGGUUAGAACUGUAAGGUACACCCGAGGAAGUUUCAUUUUUCCUGGUGCUCAGCCUUAUCCCCAUCGCCACUUUUCUGAGGAAGUAGCCAUCCUGGAUGGAUACUUUGCGAAGCUUGGGGGAGGCAGCAUGGCUUAUAUUAUGGGUGGCUCGGACAAAACACAGAAAUGGCAUGUUUACUCUGCCUAUGCUGAUUCUGUGAGCACCUCUGACAAUGUUUACACUCUAGAGAUGUGCAUGACUGGCUUAGACAGAGAGAAAUCAUUGGUUUUCUACAAAGAACAGUAUGGUUCUGCAGCCUCGAUGACGGUCAAUUCUGGCAUUAGAAACAUUCUUCCAGAUUCUCAGAUAUGUGAUUUUGAGUUUGAACCGUGUGGUUAUUCCAUGAAUUCUGUUGAAGGGGCUGCUGUUUCUACCAUUCAUGUUACUCCAGAAGAUGGUUUUAGUUAUGCUAGCUUUGAAACAGUGGGAUAUGAUUUGAAAGCGGUGAAUCUGAACAAAUUGGUGGAGAGAGUAUUGUCGUGUUUCCAACCAACCGAGUUUUCGGUAGCUGUUCAUGUGGACAGUGCAAGCAAGUCAUUUGAGCAGAGCUGUUUGCUGGAUGUUAAGGGAUACUGUCGCGAAGAGAGGAGCCACGAGGGGCUUGGAAUGGGUGGUUCUGUUGUCUACCAAAAGUUCGCGAAGACUUCUGAAUGUGGCUCACCUAGAUCAACUCUGAAGUGCUGGAAAGAUGAAGAUGAAGAAGAGUAGUUUAGUGUUUUAUGGUUGUGUCUUUUAAUUAAAGUAAGACUUGCCUUUUAGGCAUGUCCCUAUGUUUUUCAUUUGUUGUCUUUUUUACUCCGUGCAAUUCUUGAUGCACCUUUGGUUUGGGUCUGCUACUCGUUUAUGUUUGAAGUAUUUUACGUUGUUAUUGUUCUUUUCCUUUGAAUGUUGAAUGGAAUAAAGGUAUUUUGUGUGCA